AUGAGCCAGUCCGAAGACGAUGUCUCGGUAAAUAGGAAUUUAUCUGUUCAGAAUGAAGAUGUGUUACAUCUUUCUGACGAGAGUCCAGAGUUUUCUGGAUUUUCGGAGGACGAUGUCCCCGUUAAGAAUAAGAGCCGUGGUAAAGGGCCUGGCAGAAUUAAAAGUUCAGUGUCAAAAGUUGGUCAAGAGGUCGCGAAAACUGGUAAAAAAUCGACCAAUGUGGAUAAAUCUAAGACAACAAAGACCUCUGUUAGUGAUAAAAAGGGGACAAAAUCAAGGAACGCUAACAAAAGUUUGAUUGAUUUAAAUAAAUUAUCCUCUGAUGAUUUAGAGUUGUUACGUAGUAAAUUGGGGCUUCCUGCUCCACAGGUUUCUAACACUUUUUCUAUGGAACAAAGUGAUAUGGAAAAUGAGUAUGUUGAUUUGGCCCGAGCACCUAAUAUGCAAAUUGAAGUUGAAAAUGAUUUUUUAGAUAGCGAUGACAGUAUUGGCCACAGACCUGCAAGGCAUGCUAGAAGUCGAGAUAUGACUAAAAGGCUGAUUGAUUCAAUGUUUGGAGAGGACGAUGUGUCCCAUGUUAGUGAUGAUGAAGAUUGGGGCUUGCCUAAAAUUAAGCAGAGAAAUAAAGGUGAGGCAAUUUCUUCCUCCUUAGCUAAACUCAUUAAUACUGCCUGCACCGCACUUUGUGACAGUGAUGAACUUUGUGAUAAAUAUCCUGUACCAGCUAACUGUGAGAAGUUGAAUCCUCCAAUGGUGAACAUGGAAAUUUGGAAGGUUAUGGAUAAACGUUCUCGGUCUCAUGACCGUCUAUUUCAGGAUAUUCAGUCGUUGUUAGCAGCUGGUAUGGUGCCCAUUAUUAAGCUGGCUAAGAUUUUGAAGACCUCUAUUUCUGCUAAACCACAGGCUAAACAGUUACUAUCUGAUUCUUUGUCAAUUCUUGGACAAGCACAGUAUAACAUAAGUAUCAGACGUAGAUAUUUGAUUCGUCCAUCAUUGAACAAGAGGUAUAAAAAUUUGUGUAACAUGUCUGUCCCUAUUUCAACCUCUCUUUUUGGUGACGAUAUUUCUAAAGAGAUUAAGCAUUGUGAAGUAGGGGUUAAUCUGGGAAAGGAUUAUAACGCACAGUAUAAUAGGAAUUCUUUCAGAGGUCGUUUUUCUAGAGCAAGGCAUUUUAACAGAGGAAGAAUGACACCUUAUCCACAGGUGCGGGGUGGUUAUUCCCAGAGAGCUCCCAUGAGGAAGGGAACAUUUAAGUCUGCCACUGUGACGGCACCCCCAAACGGGGAGAAAUAAGUUCGGUAGGUUGCCGCGUCACAAGGAUCUGAUGAUUAUGCCUCAAGAUUCCAGUACAGUGUGUCCAAUGGUCCAUUCUACAACUUUUGUCGCUCUUCAACUAUCAGCAGAUAUCUCCAGGGUAGAGGAUUACUUCCAGAAAUUGUU